AUGGCGCGUUUGAAGAACGUGGAGCUCAGUGAGUAUGAGCUCAAGCGACAAGAGAACAUUGCGAAGACGCAGGCGCUGCUGCGAAACCUGGAAAUGGAGGCAGCACAGGCCGGGCUGGGCCCUACAGGCAAAGUAAAAGCGCCAGCGUCAACAAAGCCGAGGUCGAAGAAGACUGCGCCCAAGAAGAUCAAGCAAGAAGAUAUCGCGCCCCGGCGGACUUCCUCUCGUCUGAAAGGCAUCGAGGCAGACAGCGAGACAGCGAAGCGCAAGGCUGAGGAGGAAUUCGUAGCAAUAAAGGACGCAGACCGCGCGAAGAGACAGCGAGUCAGCGAUGCCUUCGACUUCAGCGACAUCGUGGUUGCGGGUAAAGAUUGGAACCAGAGUGGGAACUUUUUGUCCAACGUUGGUCCUGCGAAUCCGUACGAGCGCACAUUCGAUUUCGACGACGUGAAAGAGACGACGGACAAGGAGUUGAGAGCGCUGAGAGAGAGAAUGAGCGGCUUGCAGCUUUGGGAGGAUUUUGAGCCCAACGAGAUCAAGAUAACACCCGAAAGAAUCUACGCUAUGGGCCUGCACCCGACGACUGAGAAACCACUAGUCUUCGCGGGCGAUAAAUUAGGCCACCUUGGUAUAUGCGAUGCUUCGCAACAGGUAGCAGAAGUAAAACAAGAAGACGACGAAGACGCGGAUGCCGAAGGACCUACGAUUACCACACUAAAGCCACAUACUCGGACUAUACAUACCUUCCAGUUCAGCCCGCACGAUUCAAACGCGUUAUUUUCCGCGUCAUACGACUCGACAGUGCGGAAACUAGACCUGGCCAAGGGUGUGGCAGUCGAGGUCUAUGCACCGUCUGAUGCGAAUGAAGAAGCACCACUAUCUGGCAUUGAAAUCUCGAAAGAUGACCCCAACAUGUUGUACUUUUCAACGCUGGACGGCCGCUUUGGUAUAUAUGAUAUGCGCACGCCCUUAGAGAAAGCGGCAGGACUUCAGACUUUCCAAUUGUCGGAGAAGAAGAUUGGUGGUUUCAGUCUCCACCCACUGCAUCCGCAUCUCGUAGCCACCGCCUCCUUGGACCGCACUCUGAAGAUUUGGGAUCUACGCAAGAUUAGCGGAAAAGGCGAAAACCGCGCGCCAGCUCUCGUCGGUGAGCAUGAAAGCCGACUAUCAGUCUCACACGCCGCGUGGAGUUCGGCCGGCCAAGUAGCCACUGCUUCAUACGACGACACGAUCAAGAUUCAUGACUUUGGCAAUUGUGCAGAUUGGAGCGCGGGUACCUCUCUGACUGAUUCCGAGAUGAAGCCAUCGGUUGUCGUUCCUCACAAUAACCAAACCGGACGAUGGGUUACCAUACUCCGAGCUCAAUGGCAGCAGUUUCCUCAAGACGGCCUCCAGCGUUUCUGCAUUGGCAAUAUGAACCGCUUUGUCGACAUUUACACUGCCAAAGGGCAGCAAUUAGCACAGCUGGGAGGUGACGGUAUUACUGCGGUACCGGCUGUGGCCAAGUUCCAUCCUACGCUGGACUGGGUCGCAGCGGGUACGGCGAGCGGAAAGCUGUGUCUAUGGAUGUAA